AGCGGUGCUCAGACCGUGUCUGUCUCUGCUCCCAGAAAAACGCCGAAAACUUCUGUCAGUGGCGAGUAAACCAAUGAAAGAAACCGGGCGACGGAUAGUUUUAAAGCUGGAUUUGUGCGGCUGUGAUCUUUUUUUCACUGUAGUUUUGUUUUUUAGAGACUUUUAAACUGGUUGGUUUGUACCGCGCAGUCGCCGGGAUUUCCUCUCAUCUCGAAGUUCCCAAGAUGAACUUCGAUCCAGUUGUCGGCAAACUUUCUGUUUUUGUGGCAACGCUCCUCAUCGGGCUGGUUUGUCACGCAGCAGAACCUCCAGCAUCUCAGUGGUCCAGCGACGAAUACAAAAACCUCACCCUGCGACGACACAGAACAUGUGUCGAAAACAAGCAGUACCUCCACCAGGGACUCUGCUGCCUCAACUGCCAGGCUGGAACCUUUGUGAAGAACGGCUGUGAAAGAGACCAAGAUUUUGGGACCUGUCUUCCCUGUGAGCAUGGACAGACCUACACAGAGCACUCCAACGGGAUGAACCGCUGUUUGCCCUGUACACACUGCCGAUCAGAUGAGAUUGAAACUGCAGCCUGCACGACGACUACAGACACCAGGUGUCAGUGCAGACCAGGUACCUUCUGCGUCCCCGAUCAGGCCUGCGAAGUCUGCAAGCGUUGUGCCAAGUGUAAAUCAGGGGAGGAGGAGGUGAAGAAGUGCACCCCCUUUUCUAACACAGAGUGUCGAAAACGGGAUCCGUCCCCGACUGAAACCUUCCAAGCCGUCCCUACUCCCACCCCUAACUCCCCAGCAGACAUUGUUGGUCCUAUAUGCAUUUUCCUGGCCGUCCUCGUUAUCGUCAUUCUUAUUGCACUGGCCGUGUGGUGGUUUGUAAUCAAGCAGCGUUCAUGUGAAAUACCAUGUUCAAAGAGCCACUGUGAUUCCAGUGAAAUUGUGAAGAUUCCUAUUGACGAGAGUGGGGCCACAGCAGAGGAGAGACAAAAUAAUCAGAACGCCGGUCUAGAAGGGGAAGAGCCCCGCCCGGAGUCACGGCCCCUCCUGCAGGAGACACAAUCUGGGAUGACCAAGGCCUCCUCUCCCCUCGAAGAUGAAGACAGAGGACUUGGAGACAGUUUGCCCAAUACCACGAGUUCGUCUCAAACGAGCCUGUCAGCCCUGCCCACGGCGGCUUCCUCUGGUAACACCCCACACCAGAGCCCCACCGCCAUCAGACUGCCCCCUGCAGACAUGGAUGAUCCUCUGCAACAUCGAUUGGUUCCACUACAAGGAUCAGAAAAAUCACUAAUGAAGAGCUUUGAUUUGUUCGAUGAGUACCUGGAUGUGCGGAUCCAUAACAAGUUCUUCAGACUGAUUGGAGUCAGCGAUAACCACAUUCGGAUUGCGGAGAACGGUCCCCCCAGCGACAAAGUGUAUGAACUGCUGAAGAACUGGAUGCAGAGGCAGGGACUAAAAGCCGACAUCAACGACCUGUUGGACGCUUUGCUAAGUAUGGACCAGCGGCGCUCAGCUGAGAGCAUCGCCUCUGCAGCGCUGCAGAGAUGCUACUACACGCACGCAGACACGCCCUGAAAGCUGAAGUCACGGGGUCUGCAAAUGAAGUAAACACAAAGUACUUACUGCAAGAAAAACUAAAAGCACACAGACACUGUCGGUGGACAUUGUGUCUCACGAACAGGCUUACCUCUUUGUGGCUGACCAGCCAUGUUUUUAAAAGCCAGUAGUUUUAAAAAGAAAAACACAAAAAGGGGAAGGCCGAGCUGUAUUUAUACGAGCUCUGAAGACGUUGACUACUUGCCAAAUGCGGAGUCGUAAUAAUGAAAAUGAAGAACAGAGUUUUGUGGUCAAAUUAAACAACUUUGACACCAAAGACAAUCAUGAAAAUGUCUUCCAAAAGAGAGCAGAUGACCACAAAAGUGUUGGCUUCCACAGGCAGAAACGGCUGCGCGUUUUCGUCUAAUGAAGCAACGUGUCCAAAUACUGAAAGCUUACAAGUCUUCGUGCGUGUCACUCAUCUGGUCCUCUGCCCAGAUCAUGCUACACUACCUGGAGACAAGGAUAUACACUGGUUUGUAGGAGUGGCAUUAGCUAUGUCACUAAAACUGUGCCUCUCUGAUGCACUGACCUCUGGCACAUGUAGGAUUUUAAAAAAUGACAGUCAUGCUAUAUUUGUUGUUUUGUAGAUUUAGGCUUCUUUGAAACCAUUAGGUAACACUUCAUGAACAUUUUCCUGAUUAAUAGUAGGAAAAUAUUUGUUGUGAGGGUCAGUGUGCAGCCUUACUAAUCAUAAUUUUACCUCUUCAUUUCCAUUUGAUCUAAAUUGAUUUAGCCAUCACGAUUUCGUUAUGUUCAUAGAGCGUAGUGAUUAAAAAAUGUGGUUGAUUUUGUACAAUCAAGUAGGCUUUGGAUAAUAUGAAAACUUCAUAUCACGAUUAAUCUUAGCAAAGUAACUGCGAUUCAAGAUGCAAACUAAUUAUGCUUAACACUCUUAAAAUGGCAUGAACUAUACUGGAAUCACUUUAGAUUUUGUUAAGAAACUGAUAUUUGCCUCAAAAAUACGACAUGCAUCUUAAAAAGCCAGAUUUUUAAAUAUUUCAAAUGACUUUCAAUAUGAAAUAUGCCAAUACAUUUUUGAGAUCUUUAGCAGUUUUUGAGAUUGGUGCAUUUGUGGCUUGUUUUUGCAGAAUCUCCUUCAUUGUUGGACUAUGGAAAUGUAAUCAUUGUGAAGUUUGUUUUUUUUCGCGAUCUGUGAUAAAAUCAUGUAUCGUCCCGUCCCUACAAUCAAAUCACGUUUGAGAUAUAUUUUUAGCCUUUGUCAUCCACUCUUUUAUAUGUUUAGUGGUAACACACACUAUAUUAUAGAAGAAAUUUCACAAGCUGUUUCGGAACAACUGUUAAGAGUUUAGUUUCCAUAAUGUUUCCAUGUAGCUUGGGGAACAUCAAAGGUCAUUUUUAUUUAUUGACAUAUUUAUUGUUAUGAAUAAUAAUUAACUUUCAUUAUUUAUACCAUUGCCAAAAAAGCGACCCUGGAAAAACAAGCAGGCACUUCUUUUUGUGUCGUAUUUUCGCUUCAGGGCAAAAAAUGACUGACAUCACACAUUUUCAAGGUAUGGUUGAAGCUUGUAGUGUUGAGUUAAACUCCGUUCCUGCUUGCUGCACAGUGUAGCACUCUGGUCCACACAGUCGAUGUGUCAAUGUUUCGUGUGCCAUUUUUUUCCACAAGAGACCACAGUCAGCAGAGUGUGGAAGCUUUCAGGCUGCAGAAUGCAGAAAAUGUCACCUCAUAUUGGAGUUGAGGUGACACCAAUGUUAGAAAAUGAGGACUAAGCUGUUGAGUCCAUCCCUUAUAGUAAACCGAAUAAAUAAAUAGUCCUUCUGUGCAUGUCAGCUGCGACAUGGGAUGCAGAUCUGGAUUGUUUUGUCUCGGUUUAGACUCAGACUAGAUGAAGGAAACCUUUUCUGGAUUUAAAAAGAAGCUCAGAUUUAUUUCCCUCAUUGUGCCACAUGUACAUAAUAAUGUCCAUACAAGCCUCACAAAGUGUUCCUGUCUGUAUAUAUGCAGCUCUAUUAACAAAUCAAAAAUGAAUAUAGUGAGGUUUGAAGUUAUAAAGAACAACAGACACACAGCUCAGAGUAGCUGGCUGUUGACGUUGUGACAUUUGAAACUCGAUUUUGCCCAUUUUUCUGCAGUCUCUUAUGUAUAAAGGAAAGAGUUACAGAGUUAUAUAUUAUUGCUGAAGAGUGAUGCUACAGUGCUGGCACUGCCAUCUAUUGACAGACAAUGAAAAUACAGCCGGCAUCAAUUUCUAGGGAUCCCAUACACCCCUUCUUUUUCACUUUACAUUCUCCUUUUAACUUCUUUUUAAAGCAUUUCUCAACUCUCAGACUUCCUCUUGGCCUUUGCUGAAGUAGCAUGGCCGCGAUGAGGCUUCAAUGCAUGCUUUGUUCACUCUGCGGCACUUCAUGUGAGUUUUAAAAAAAAUAAUUUCUGUUUUUUUUUUUUUUUUUACUAUUACAUAUUUCAUUGCAAGUCCUAAGCUGUUCAGUUAACUUCCUUUUACUUGUGUAUUAUUCUGUUCCACGUUGCCGUUAAGCCAUUUCCCCCUUAGUUAUUGUUUGCUUGUCAUGGAUUUCAGAUAUAAAUUAUGCAAAUAUGAGCUGUUUUUAUGUCAAUUUCAAAUAAAUGUUUUGUACAGAU